AUGCCUAAGGAAUCUAAGAAAGAAAAGAAGUCCAAGAAGUCUGAAAGCUCUGAAGUUCUUCGCUUCCAAUCACCCAUCGCUCACCCUUUAGCCGAUGAUAAAUUAGCCAAGAAAGUUUUCAAGACUGUCAAGAAGGCUAGCAAAGUAAAGCAUGUUCGUCGUGGUGUUAAAGAAGUUGCAAAAGCUCUUCGUAAAGGAGAAAAGGGUCUUGUUGUCAUUGCUGGUGAUAUUUCUCCUUUGGACGUUAUCUCACAUAUGCCUGUUCUCUGUGAAGAUAACAAUGUACCUUACAUCUUUGUGCCCUCCAAGGAGCAAUUAGGUGAAGCUAGUUCAACAAAGCGUCCUACUUCUGUCACUAUGAUCGUUUUGGGUGGUAAAAAUAAAGAUACAAAGGCAGCAGAAGAUUACAAGGAAUUAUAUGAUGAAUGCUAUGCUCAAGCAAAGGACUUGGAUGAAAAGCUUGUUUAUUAA